CUGAAGAGCCUGUCAUUUGGAGUACACUAGGCAAAGAGGGGUGCAGAGACACACGACAGUCGGGAUAACAUUUCUUCAGCGUCAACUUUUUUAGGUUUCCAGACUAGGAUGAACCCCUGACACAUUUUAAGGACAAGUUAGCGUCAUCCAAUCAUCUGCAUGACUAAAGGACAAAAACUUCGUUCAGGGAAGCUACAUUGCUACAAUUUCAGCACACUAACCAACAAGCUGAGGCUGCGCAUUACACCAACAUUAAAAUAAGCUUCUGCUUUUUUAACUGUUAAAAUACUUUUAAUAAGAAGUUUAAUUAAUGACAUAAGUUUAGUUAAUGAAGGCUUGGUAAGGAAUGUAUUAGUGUAUUUUUUAGUAAAUCUACCACAUAGUUAGGUUCAGUCAUGUCAGCAUCACCUGUGCAUUCGGCUCGGGUCAAGCGCGUCAAUGACGGGUCCCCCAUCAACACCUCCUCCUCCUCUUUCUCAGCAUCAUCAUCAUCAUCCUCCGCCGGCAACACGAGCCGGUUGCAGCCCAUUCGCGCCACGGUGCCCUACCAGCUCCUGCGUGGAAAUCAGCAGCACAGCCCGACCCGCCCUCCCGCGUCCUCCUUAUCCUCCUCCUUCUCCUCCUCCAUCUCAGUCGGAAGCAACACAGAACCGACCGUAGCAGCCCAGCUCAGCAGCUCCAGUUCCGACAGCCCGACGCUCGCCAGUCCGGCAGGAAACGGCUCGCUGGACGGUCGGCUGAUCCCGGGGCAGAGGCGCUCUCCUCCGGACCACAGGAGCUCACCCGAGCGCUGCCCUCAUUCACCUGUCCUGAGAGUUGAGAGGUCAAAGUCGCAACAGGUGUGGAGCACAGGUUCUAUCAGACGGACUUCCUCUUUGGGUGCUAUCACCGGGCCCUACCUGAUAGGGCAGUGGCCACGUGAAUCCCACCUGCACAACCCCUCUUGCAUGAAAGACAAGUCCACGCAGACUCCUGGAUGUUGGAGUGACGAGACCGAAGAGAAAAAGAGCACACACCAGCGCUCAGCAUCCUGGGGCAGCUCUGACCAUCUUAAAGAGAUUGCUAAACUCAGGCUCCAGCUGCAGCGCAGUAAACAGGGCGGAGGCCGGCAGUGUAAAGACAGUAAAGAGCGUCUUUCCCCCCUCCACUACUGUACCAGCACCACCACCAUCAGCACAGCCAGCCAAGCUCCGUUGUCCAUGUCGAAGUCAGCACAGAUGCCACUAUCCAACAUCACAGUGCCAAAGCCCUCCAUCUCCAGGGUUCCCAGCAGCAUGGAAGGCAUCAACCAUGAGCUGGAGAAAGUCUUCAUCAAAGACAACGGAGAGAAAGAGGAGCUAAAGGCGCUGGAGGUUCCUGAUGGACGGAGGGCUCCGUUUCCUCCCCAGCAGCGCAGCAGCAGUAGUCGUGGUAUAGACACUCAGACCCCAUCAGUGCCUGGGCGCUCCAGUAGCUGCUCUAGCCUGUCGCCCUGCCCCUCACCCGCAUGCCCACCCCGCUCACAUGACGGCAGCCCAUACUCCACUGACGAGAUGCUGGACGACAGAGACAAAGACAGCGGCAGCAGUUCUCCUCUGCCUAAGUUCACCUCGUCUCCAAAACCCAACAACAGCUACAUGUUCAAACGGGAGCCUCCAGAGGGCUGUGAAAAGAUCAAAGUGUUUGAGGAAAUCACGUCCAGACAGUCAGCCACCGUCCCCCUUUUCUCCUGCCCUGACAAAAACAAGGUCAACUUCAUCUCCACCGGCUCUGCGUUCUGCCCCGUCAAGCUCCCGGGAUCUCUGCUCCAGCACUCCAGCUCCCAGCAGGAGGACGAGGAGAAAGAGGAAACACAGGCCGGACCCAGCGGGUCAUGCCCCCUUGCCCAACACCAUCACAUGCCCACUCAGGUCUCCACCAGCACGAGCACAGACGACCCCCCGGAAGCGCUGGCCAUCUCUCCCUCCCAGCAGCAGGAGGCGCCCUCGGAAUCGGCCUCGCAGCCUCAGAACUUUGAAGUCAGCUAAACGCGCGCAGAGCCGGUCUCCGUCGCGCCCCCGCCACACACGUUUCGCCCACCCCAAACUUCCUCUUCUCUCUCUGAUGGACCCCACCUUUGUGCUGAAUCUUCACUAUCUGCAUGGCAUCGCAACUGUGGCCCGAACGAGAAUCGCAAAUGUAAAUGCAGCCGAAGGGUUUGAGCAUAUGUGGCAAUGCCAUGCUUUCGUGUCU